UGAGCAGCGCCUAUUAGAUCGAUGGGCGGCGCAGUGUGGCAGAAGUACAUGAAGCUGGGGCGGCAAAUGGCCAUGCCAGAUCGCGUGAAUGCGUAUUGGAACGGUCUGACGGUGACCGAGCGGCAAAGCGUGUUGUUCCUGGACGAAGCUGACCUUGUGAAGCAGCUCUACAAGCUCAACUUUUCCCUCCUCUGCGUCGGGCUCAUGCAACGACGGCUCAAAAAAGCAUCGUCGUCUUCGGACGAGCCGACAUACGAACUGUUGGAAGCGAUGGAGUUUAUGGACAUUGGCACGGGUAUCAUGACCGUGAAGAAUGAACUGGUGCAAGACGGUCACGCGCCCGCCUUGUUUGAGCUCAUCCAAGGAAGCCUGCAUGGUUUCCUCGCCCAACCGCACGUGCUGAGUGAUAAGGACUUUACGCAACUGUUCUUCCACGACAGCGAAGGCGUGAGUUCCUGGGACGAGUACCAGCAUCUCAUCGCCAUGUUGCUCGAGCAGCUGAUUGUCAAGAGCUUUGUGGCAUAUCUGGAGAGGGAAUCCUUGCGACAAAUGGAAGCCUUGCUACAGGAAGUGGACGAAGAAACCAAGCACGUUGCCUCGUCCACGACCAAGAAAAAGAAGAAGCGACGGAAACUCGCAUGUUCAACGACAUCGGCACCGCUCAACGAGCCCCCUUCAGACCUCCAGUCCACCACGACAUGCCCGUCGCCGCCGCAGUCGCCGCCCGCAUCUGCGAAGCAUCCAUUGCCGAUAAUGCCGCCGCUGUCUCCUCCUUCCGAUGCUUCUCCCCGGAUCAAAGCCACGACCGCGCGUCUUCCCAUUCGCAUGUUGAACCCCGCGGCGGCAGAAUUCAAGCCCCUGCUGCCCCUGAAACGAAAGUUCGAGUCGUUCGUGGUGCAUGUGGAGAAUGACGAAGAUGCAGAAAGAAGUCGCGAGUACCAUGGCUGGCGGCGGGGAGCGGACGACGACGACUCGGACUCUGACGAGCAUGCGGUGAUCGAUGUGUCCAGAGGUGGGUCUAGGAGUGUCAUGUUCGGAAGGAUGAUUGACGCGACAUGUAGAUGUGGAACUGGACGCGCAAUUGGCGCACCUGUACCACGUGACGUCGGAACUGUUUGGAUGGAACUUUUCAAAGCAUUGCGAGUACAGAGGCUAUGAGGCGCCAGCAGCAUGGAACGACGAUGGAUUCUUCCUCACGAACCCCGUCGUGCGCUUCUUCACGCCGGACUGCGAUCUAUGCACGAGUAGGAUGCGAUGUAGGCGACAUCAAGCACAGGAAGACGCAUGGACGUGGCGGCGGCAGACCUUGCACGAGCCGCCCCCUGUUCAAGACUACCAAGACACGUACUAUCGAUGACCGACGACGUCGUAGGAAUUCAAGCCAUCCAUUAUCAUGUAAAUAAACACUGAAGCAUAUAUCGUCG